AUGGUUCACUCUUUUUCCACCUCCCUUUUGGGCAAGAUCAUCACCUUCGCUGGUGUUGCUUCUGCUGUCGCCGUCACUGGCUCGGUUGACGGCAAGUCCUAUGACUACAUUAUCGUCGGCGGAGGCCUCAGUGGCCUCGUUGCUGCCAACCGUCUGAGUGAGAACUCUAAGGUUUCUGUCCUUGUCAUCGAGUAUGGCCCUCUCGACAGGAGCAACAAGACUCUGGUGCCUUACUAUGCCACCUCUACCAACACGGCCGGAAUGUUCAACAUCUCGUCGGCCCCGGAGCCGUUCCUCGCCAACGCCACGUUUCCCCUUAUGGCUGGCUCAAUUGUAGGAGGCGGCUCGGCCGUCAACGGCAUGGUCUGCGGCAGAGCUUCCGCAGCCGAUUACGACUCUUGGGAGCAGCUCGGCAACCAGGGCUGGGGCUGGAACGGGCUACUCCCCUACUUCAAGAAGGGCACCACCCUGGGUGUUCCUUCGGCUGAAGAAGCCGAGAAGCUUGGCUACACGUGGGACCCCUCCUACUACGGAAAUGGUCCUCUCCAAGUCGGCUACCCGGACUUCCAAUAUCCGGAUAUGUACACCUUCUUCAACGGUUUCGAGGAGCUCGGCUUGACCUUCCAGAAGGACCAGGGCGCCGGUAACAACACCGGUCUCGUCUGGGCACCUUCCGCUCUUGACAUCAAGACCAUGACCAGAUCGUCGUCGCUGACUGCCUACUACGACCCCGUCUCCACCCGCAAGAACCUCAACCUCCUUACCGAGCACAAGGUCAACCAGGUCAUCCUCGCCUCGGACCUGACUGCUCAGGGUGUCAAGAUCACCAGCCUGGCCGACGGCUCCGUCUCUUCCGUCUACGCGAAGAAGGAAGUCAUCCUCGCUGCCGGUGCCAUCCACACCCCUCAGAUCCUCCAGCUUAGCGGCAUCGGCCCUAAGGCCGUCCUCAAGGCCGCCGGCGUCAAGGUCAAGCUCGACCUCGCCGCCGUCGGCAGCAACUUCCAGGAUCACCCCGUGGCCUACUCCAUGUGGAACCUGAACCAAACCUUCCCCAACGCCGGCUCCCUGGCCGCCAACGCCACCUUCAACGCCGAAUCCCUCGCCGCCUACGUCGCCAACAAGACAGGCCCCUACACCCGCGCCCAAGGCAACAGCGUCGCCUUCCUCUCCCUCUCCACCAUCACCUCUUCCGUGACGUCCCUCCUCGCCGACCUCGCCGCCCAAAUCCCGCGCACCUACCUGCCCGCCAUCUACUCCGACUCCGCGCUGCUCAAGGGCUUCACCGCGCAGCGCGACAUCCUGGUCAAGCAGCUCGCCCAGGCCGACGUCGCGGCCAUCGAGUUCCCCUUCUCGGGCGCCGGCUUCGUGCCGAACGCGGUGCAGAAGCCGCUGUCGCGCGGCACCGUCUACCUCAACGCGUCGGACCCCACCGGCGCGCCCGUCGUCACCCACCAGGCCUUCUCGAACCCCUUCGACCGCGCCCAGAUCUUCGCCGCCAUGCAGUUCACCCGCAAGUUCUUCGCCAGCGCGGCGCUGGAUGAGAUGGCGCCGGCGGAGACGGCGCCCGGUGUGAGCGUCGAUAGCCAGGAGGCCUUCUUCUCGGUGAUGACGGCGGCGGGGCUGAUGAGCCCGACGUUUGCGCAUCCGAGUGGCUCGUGCCCGAUGAUGCCGCGGAAGAGCGGUGGGUGUGUGGGUGCGGAUUUGUUGGUGUAUGGGGCGAAGAAGUUGAGUGUGAUUGAUGCGUCGAUUAUGCCGAUUAUUCCGUCGAACCAUCUGCAGGCGUCUGUGUACGCGGUUGCGGAGAAGGCGGCGGAUUUGAUCAAGGCUAGGGCGUAA